AUGGUUCGUGCAAAUCAAUCAGCACGACGUUCACGUUUUAUACAUCAUAUACGUCGUCAAUGGUCUGCAAAAGAAAAACUUAUGGUCAUUCAUUACCUUGAGCAAUCUAAAAGUGUACGUGGUACAGCAAGAAAGUUUAAUAUUCAGCCUAAACAAGUUCGUGAGUGGAGAAAAAUUAAAGAUCAACUAAUUAUGGCUGCUUCACAUAUUGAGAAAUUGCAUCCUGGAAAAAAAGCCACUUUCCCUGAGCUUGAAGAAGAUUUGGCAGCUUGGAUAAAAGAAACUCGAGACCAACGUAAUGCAGUAACCCGUAUGAUGGUUACUCAAAAGGCAAAAAAUGUUAAUAUGGGUCAGCAAUAUGAAAUAGAAAAUGAUUAUAUUGAAUUGGCAAAUAAUAUUGAAUUAAUAGAUCUUACUAACGAAGAAGCUGUUUGGGUUGAAACGGAAGAUAUUGAUAAUAUCUAUAGUGAAGAAACUAUA